GUGCUACCCCAGCGGAUUCAUGAGUGGGCCUUGACACCGUGUGUAGCUGAGGAAAGCAACAAGCGUGCUUUGGAGAGUGUGCGCAAAAGCCAGCUGGAAGUGCGUCGUAUUCUUCAAGAUCUGGACAAACGCCACAGGGAGUUGGACCUGAGUGUAGAAAGAGCGAAGACUGCGCAAGUGGAUGCGCGUGCAGAAGAGGAGGCUGAAGAGGAAGGGGAAAUGAGCAUGUACUGUAUCACUUGUGGUCAUGAAAUUCAUUCUCGAAUGGCCAUUAAACACAUGGAGAAGUGUUUCAAUAAGUAUGAAAGUCAGUCGUCAUUUGGAUCUAUUUACAAAACUCGUAUUGAAGGAAACAACAUGUUCUGUGAUUACUACAAUCCCGCUAAUCGCACAUACUGCAAACGAUUGCGAGUUUUGUGUCCUGAGCAUUGCAAGGAUCCUAAAGUCAGUGACACAGAGGUUUGUGGAUGUCCAUUGGUGACUAAUGUAUUUGAUACAACAAAUGAAUUUUGCCGUGCUCCUAAAAAGAGCUGCCUUAAGCAUUAUAGAUGGGAGAAACUAAGAAGGGCUGAAAUUGAUAUGGAACGUGUACGCCAGUGGUUGAAAAUAGAUGAACUCAUAGAACAGGAACGACAAAUACGUCAUUUGAUGGCGAGUCGGGCAGGUGUGUUAGCUUUAAUGUUACAUUCCACAUACAACCAUGAUCUCAUGGAACAAAUGACUUCAGCCCAAGAUCAAGAACAAUUUGCUGCAAUGGAAGAAGAAAUGCAGCGCCAAUACCAGCAGUAAAAGAAUGUUAAAAAACAAUAAUAAUUUAAAAAAUCAAUCACAAGUAUGUGUGGGAUACAGCUUAGAAAAAGCUGUUUUGUAUUGGAAAUGAGUGAAUUAAAUACUCAAUAUAAGUGUAAUAGUUUAGUUUCCUUAGGUUAAUAAAAUUUGUUAUCCAAAUUUCUUGUAUUACUAUCGUUAUGAUUAUAGCCCGGAAGGUUAAGGUACUUUAUCAAGCAGUCAAAAAAAGAAUUUAUAUUUACUAAAAUAGACUCGCAAAAAGGCAUUUAUUCUGGCUAAAAUAGGGGUGCAAAAAGGCAUGUAAAAAGUAAAAUAUCACAUUUAAAAGGAAUUGUAAAAGAUUACUAAUUAAAAUGAUUGACUUUUUUAACCUAACUGAAAAAUUUACAUUAAGCACUUACGUGUAAGGAACCAAUCUUUUCUUUGUAAUCAUUCCACAUGAUCACCUGGUAUGGUGACUACGAAUUUGUUUUACUUGCAAAGUGUCUCUUUGAAAUGAUAUUAUAGAUCUCCCUUUUGAAUCUUGAAAAUGGCGUCAUUUAUAUUGUUUGCGCUUGUAUGAUUGCCACCACUGAGAAGGGUAAGGGAGAGCUCUGCUGUCACGGGGGAUCAGCAGGAGAGGUGGCUCAGGGCAUUAAGUGAUGUCACUGCUGUGCCUCUAACCGGGAGGUUAUAGAUUGGAGUCUCAAUGAUGGCAGGAUUUUUGACACUGACGUGACAGCUAGGUCUAAUUCAGCUGCUGUCAGGAGGAGAAUUGUGGCAGCUAACUGCUCUAUUUGGUAGUUUUCCAUGGUUUCUCCGAUCAACAUCUGGUGAAUGCUGGAGCAGUGCCCUUACAAAUGGGCCAUAAUCUUUCCUUCCUUUUCCUUGUCUUAUUCUCACCCCUUACUUCUGUUACAUACACUACAUUACCGCAUGUGGGUUUUGUGGUAUAACAGCUAGCGUGCGGGCUGUUGUACUCAAGUUUGCGGGUUCAAAUCUGUGCAAAGCUGUGGAGUUUUUAGGGUGAAAACAUAAUCCUGUCUAUAGAUUUAUUACACGUAAAAGAUCGUCAAGCCUAAAAGAAACCUCUGAGCUAAAUUCAGUAUUGCUUGUUUCGUUUGCAAAGUGAUACCUACUUUCUUUGUUAGAUGGUAAAAGGAGUGUAGUGCAAUUUGGUUGGUCAGAUGGAAGAGCGGGCCUGAUGGCUCGAGUCUCACUACGUAAAAUAAGACAUUAACUAACGCAUGUCAGGAGAUCAGUCAGGAACAUAGAAUUUGUCUGUCUGAGGCAGUGUGAUGCUGGUGGGAGAUAUUUGGUUGGGGAAAUCCCUGCAAGCCAAAGUA